AUCAAAAAUACAAAGCAUACCAUUGCAGAUGGCAUGAAGAGUUCUGGAAUGUCGUGCCAGGCAAGUAUAUAAGACGCUGCAGGUAAACAAGUGCAGCAGAGAAUCUUGGGACGGAGGAAACUUGUGGUCACCAUGGCAGCCACAACAGUGCUUCUGCUUCAGCUCCUGAUCUCUCUGGCAUCGGCUUCACAUCACUACGGAGGAACGGAGACGUUCACCAACAGAGGAAGAAACCCAGAUGGAACUUACAAUGUGGAAUUCCGCACCAGGGCAGUCUUUGAUGGCUGUCAUAAUUACGGACCUUGGAACUGUUACGGGUCCAGCUGUAACAGCUUCCACAUCAGCGGGAGUCACAUAGCUGAAAGGAACAAUUACACACAGUCAGGCAACAGAGAGUGGUGUGAAAGAGAAACAAUCACUACCACAACCCUUCGCAGCAAUCAACCUUUCGAAAGACGCCAAGCCAGCUGUUGUUGGGUCUAUACCCGCAAUGGAUAUGGUUCCUGGUAUCUCAGAACCAAAAUUGAUUUGGGAACAAGAUCUGACACCAGGCAACCAAACAGAUCACCAGACCUGGCUAUUGUUCCUUUUCUCCGAGUUCCUGAAAACUGCCCGAGAUCAUACAACAUAAUGGCCUUUGAUCCUGAUGCAGACCGGGUUCGAUGUAGAUAUGCAAAUGUCCGUCUCCGUGAGUGCCACUGGUGCAAUCUGCCUUCAGGAUUUCAUUUAGAUCAGGACACUUGUACUUUGUACUACAACUACAUCUUGUCCACCAACUAUGUUUUUGCAUUUGAAAUGGUAGUAGAGGACUUCCCACAACGUCACAUCAGUUUGUCCUACGAAGAUGGUUCUCGCGUUUACAGAGCUCCACUGACAACAGGCAGUAGAAACAGACGAUCAGUCACCCCAUGGUGGAACAGAGAUCCAACAACCCCACCUGGAACCAUGAUCCCAUCCUCACAGAGGUGGUGGUGGCAUUCUACAACCACAACCCCUCCUACUAGAACAACAACCCCUCCUACUAGAACAACAACCCCUCCUACUAGAACCACAACCCCUCCUACUAGACCCACAACCCCUCCUACUACAACCACAGCCCCUCCUACUACAACAACACCCCCUCCUACUACAACAACAACCCCUCCUACUACAACAACACCCCCUCCUACUACAACAACACCCCCUCCUACUACAACAACACCCCCUCCUACUACAACAACACCCCCUCCUACUACAACAACAACCCCUCCUACUAGAACCACAACCCCUCCUACUAGACCCACAACCCCUCCUACUACAACCACAGCCCCUCCUACUACAACAACACCCCCUCCUACUACAACAACAACCCCUCCUACUACUACUACAAUAACAGUCCCUCCUCUUUCUACCACUAGUCCUCUCAGUGAACUGCCGCUCCAGUUUUCUGUUCUUGACCUUCAGAAAUAUGCAUAUAAGGUGGUGAACUGCAUCAUGCACUUGGCUGUUUGGUUGACCUGUGCUCAGACGUACAGACCAAAACUAACCCAUACUGACUAUUGA